AUGCCCUCCGCCACCUCCCUCCUUAUCCUCAUCUUCCUAUGUCUCCUCCUAGUGCGCCCUGCCGCCGCCUUUGGCGCUGGCGAGGUUCCAGCUGGCAGCGAGUUCAAGGGCAUGGUGUGGCGCCACGGUGACCUCGCUGACAUCCUAAAGUACCUCCCGUCGUCGUUCCUCACGGGUUAUCGCUUCACGAAGCUGCAGCGCAAGCAGGUUUACUUUGGGAAUUGGCUGCGCGAUUUCUCGCAGGUUAUCGACACGACAUGUCUGGAGAACGUCCCCGAGGCCAUCCUCCGCGCCAUCGUCUCGGUCUUGGCCUUUAUGGAGUUUGGCUUUGCCACCGACGAAUUCGACGUCACGCGGGAGAGGCUAGGCUGCUACACACACGUGGAGCACAUCGAUAAUCCGAGUGGAUACCCAGAUAAUGCUCAGGACAUUGACGGCCGCCUGAGGGGCCCUGUCGAUCCGAGGGAGCUGGAGAUGGACCCGCAAACCGGCAUGAAAAACUAUAUCGCAAAUUCUGGCAAAGGUUGGGACACGGCUGCCGAUUAUAUCAGAGAUCAGCUGUCCACGUGCAUCGCGCUGGGGCGGAGAGGUCGGCGGAAGCACCAGAGCGCCGCAAAGAAGGAUGCGUUCCGCCAUCUCGGAGCUGCGCUUCACACGCUGGAGGACUUUGCGGCGCACAGCAACUUUACCGAGCUAUGUCUGCGCGAGCUGGGAGAAGAAGAAGUCUUUGCCUUUGUCGGGGACGCAUGUCGGGUCAAGGUCCCGCAUGGGCCCAACAAGGGAAACAUGGUCGCGCCUAUCGUGACAGGGACAUUUGGCAUGCUAGACAUCUUCCACUCGUUACUUGGUGAGGCCGAUGACAAGGCCGUCUUACAGUCCAAGGGCUCCCUGGGAGAGCUUGAGAGUAAGCUCAACUACGGCGGCAUGGCCUUUGAACAGCUCUUCCAGCUCAUCAAGACCGGUAUCGAACAACUGAGCAAGAUUCAGCCCGACCUCGACCCGCUCCUGAGCCAGCUGCAGGCUGUCGGCGAAAUUUUUAAGAAGUAUGCACCUGUCAACAAGAACGAUGACGACGACGACGACGACGACGACGACAACAAGGAGACUAGAACAGAUGAGGUCACCAUCACCGAUGCGAACGUGCUGUGGCAGGCGAUCGAACCUGUCCUUUACCUCCACGACAGGGUCUCCAAAUAUCUGCAUGAGGGCCUGGAAGACACCGAGGAGUCGAUAGAGGACUAUUCCCACGGCCAGCUCGGGGAAUAUACCAACCAGCUCGUGUUCAAGUACCUCGCCAUCAUGAUUGAGUCCUCUGUCCGGGCGCUACGCAACGCCGUCAAGGCGGCACGAGAUCGGGUUGACGAAGAAGCUGCGAAAGCCGACUCGGCGCAGGUUUACCUGGAUGGCACCGCGUCCGAUCCUAGCCACUCGGACCUGUCCAAGGACCACUUCAGCAACGUCCUCAACCAGCCAGCCGGCCUUGUCGCAACUAUCACCACGAACUGGACCGUGCAGCAGGUCGUCAGGUGCUGGGACGAUUCCAAGCUGGACGCUGACCGCUGCAUUGACGAGAUCCUCACCGUCCUACACCAUCCUGCCUUCCCGAGGGAGAAAACACCAAUACAGCAGUACAUGUUCACUGCCAUCGACAAAUGGUGGAACGCCAAUCCGCCUGAGGAGAAAGACCGCAUUCGUGCCAAACUCACAAAGGAGAGCGUCCAGCAGCGGCAGCACGAGGACCACACGCUCACGCUCAAGGACUUUGAGGGUAAGCAGAGUGGGCCCGCAAGCUUUCCCAACUCUUGGCCCAAGGUUCGCCAGCCGCCCAAGAAAGCCUCCAUAUUCGCGGAAUGGGCGAACGAUGCGAUUGCCGAUUUCAACUGGGCCCUGGGGAUCGUGCAGAGGGGCCGCCGUGGUGAUCCAUUUGUUUUUGUAGCGUUGGUGUACAGCAUUGCGCACGGUGUUAUGUGGAUUCUUUCAAAACUGCUCUGGCCCUUUGGGCCAAGGGAAGAAUAGAGGGAGAGAGGGCGAGAGAGAAAGAUGGAAAGAGAAAUUCGGAAAGAUCAUCAGUAUUACCAGAAGGGCAACCUAUCGCUAGCAUUAGGGGCGGCGUUCCCGUCAUCGGCCAACUUGUUUCUCAUUGCUUAGGAGUUUAGUCCUUUGUUUUCUUCAUCUCAACGUGGAAUAAAGAGGCACUAGAGAAGGAUUCUACACAUUUCCGUUUCGAGUCCCC